AUGCAGCGAAAUGAAAGAUGGCACGCAGUUGGUGUCAAUGUGCGAAAGAUGGUUGACAAAAUUCUCACUCAGUAUUCAUCUGAUUUUGUAGUUAUCCGAGAACUUAUUCAAAAUGCUGAUGAUGCGAAAGCAACAUCAUUUCAAUUGCAGAUUAUAUGCGAUGCACCGCAGUCAUCAUCAGAUGAGAAAGACUUUCAUGGUCAAACGAUUAUUGAACUAAGUUUGAUAAACAAUGGGAACGUUUUUUCAGAAACUGAUUGGAAACGUGUGGCUACUAUUGCCGAUGGAAAUACAGAUCCACAAUCUGUUGGUCAAUUCGGUGUAGGAUUUUUCUCGGUAUUCUCAUAUGCAGAAGAGCCUAUGAUUACUUCAGGAAAGGAGUACAUAAAAUUCGGGUGGGAAGGCGAUAGAUUGUUAUAUGAACAUGGCCAAUUACCUGCUCAACAACAGUCGAGUAAAACUUCGGUUNCCAAAGUGCUCAAACUAAUAAACAAGUUGGCAACAUCUUUUUUCCGCCGUUCACUGACAGCGAAUAAUUUCUUAGAAUACAUCAUCUCGCAAGUCGAUCGACGGAAGCAAACGAGAAGUCAUAGAAACAAUUCAAGGACUGAAAUUCGAGCUGACAAAGUCGAAUGUGCAAAUACAUGGUUGUCUGUUAUUUCAUAA